AUGGCGGAUCAAAUCAACAUGAACGGCCUCAGCAUUGCUGAUGGCCACGCGCGCUCCUAUAUCCCUCCCCACCUGCGCGGCCGUGGUGGUGCCAGCGCUGCCCCCCCCCUGCCGCAGAAAACGGCGUUGCUCCGGCUCCGGCUCCGGCCCCGGCUCUGGCCCCUGGUCCUCCUGUCCCUGGCCCUCUUCCUGGCGCUGCUCCUGGCGCUGCUCCUACCAACGGCGGCGGCUCUUGGUCUGGGUGGCUAUGGCGGCGGUAGAAACUUUGGCGGCGAAGCCCCGGCGGGCGGCUUCCAGGGUAACAACCGACGUGGCGGCUGGGGCGGCCGUGGUGGUUACUCCGGUGGUGGUGGCCACGAGGGUGGCCAGGGCGGCGGCCAAGGCGGCGGCAAUUAUUCUGCACGCGGCUCUGGUGAUGGCCAGUGGCGCGAUGGCAAACAUAUUCCCGGCCCUGCCAACCCACGCGUUGAGCGUGAGCUUUUUGGUACCGCCGACGACCCUUCGAAGCAGCACACUGGUAUCAACUUCGAGAAGUAUGACGACAUUCCUGUCGAGGCUUCCGGCCACGAUGUCCCAGAGCCUGUUCACAACUUCACCUCGCCCCCUCUGGACGAGCAUCUGUGCCGCAACAUCGAGCUUGCCCGCUACAAGACCCCCACGCCUGUUCAGAAGUACUCUAUCCCCAUUGUCAUGGGUGGUCGUGAUCUGAUGGCUUGUGCCCAGACCGGUUCUGGCAAGACGGGUGGUUUCCUUUUCCCUAUCCUCGGCCAGUCCUUCAUCAAUGGACCCUCGGCCGUUCCCGGCGGUGCUCCUGGCCAGUUCGGUCGCCAGCGCAAGGCCCACCCCACCGCCCUUGUCCUGGCCCCCACUCGUGAGCUCGUCUCUCAGAUCUAUGAGGAGUCUCGCAAGUUUGCUUACCGCUCUUGGGUUCGCCCUUGCGUCGUGUACGGUGGUGCCGAUAUUGGCUCUCAGCUCCGUCAGAUUGAGCGUGGAUGCGAUCUGCUCGUCGCCACCCCCGGUCGACUUGUCGAUCUCAUUGAGCGUGGCCGCAUCUCUCUGUGCAACAUUAAGUACCUUGUGCUCGACGAGGCCGAUCGCAUGCUGGACAUGGGUUUCGAGCCCCAGAUUCGCCGCAUUGUCGAGGGCGAGGACAUGCCCGGUGUCACUGACCGUCAGACUCUCAUGUUCUCGGCCACCUUCCCCCGCGAUAUCCAGGUGCUCGCUCGCGAUUUCCUCAAGGACUACGUCUUCCUUUCCGUUGGUCGCGUUGGUUCCACCUCGGAGAACAUUACCCAGAAGGUUGAGUAUGUUGAGGAUGUCGACAAGCGCUCAGUCCUCCUUGAUAUUCUCCACACCAACGCUGGUGGCCUCACCCUCAUUUUCGUUGAGACCAAGCGCAUGGCCGAUUCGCUCUCCGACUUUCUCAUCAACCAGAGCUUCCCCGCCACCUCUAUUCACGGCGACCGCACUCAGCGUGAGCGUGAGCGUGCUCUCGAGUUUUUCCGUAACGGCCGCUGCCCCAUUAUGGUGGCUACUGCUGUCGCUGCUCGUGGUCUCGAUAUCCCCAACGUUACUCACGUCGUAAACUACGACCUGCCCACCGACAUCGACGACUACGUUCAUCGUAUUGGUCGUACCGGUCGUGCUGGUAACACUGGUAUCGCCACCGCUUUCUUCAACCGUGGCAACCGGGGUGUUGUUCGUGAGCUCUUGGAUCUUCUCAAGGAGGCGAACCAAGAGGUCCCUUCAUUCCUCGAGGCCAUUGCGCGUGAGUCUUCCUUCGGCGGCGGUGGUCGCGGUGGUCGCUCCCGCGGCGGCGGCGGCGGCGGCCGUGGUGCUGCCAACCGCGAUUACCGCAAGGUGGGCGGCCCGGGUGGCCUCGGCGGCGGCUUCGGAAGCGGCCAGGGCGGUGGUAGCUUCGGUGGUGGCCAGGGUGGCUACAGCGGUGGCGGUGGCGGCUACAACGGCGGUGGCGGCGGCUACGGCGGUGGCGGUGGUGGUGGCAGUUACGGUAACCCCUCCGGCCCUGGCAACCAGUCUUGGUGGUAA